ACACAAGUUUUGCCGCUCCAGAGUUCCACACAUUUGAGUAUAAAUACCCUAGCGCAGUCAUCAAAAGGCAUCAGUUUGAAUCUAACAAACAGCUCCAACAAACCUCAAUCAAAAUGUUCAAAUACGUCGUUGCUUUCUUCGCCGUCUUGGCUGUUGCUUUCGCCGCCCCUCAACCAGGCGUCGUUGCUCCUUUGGCUUACACCGCCGGCUACUCUGCUGGCUAUGUUGCCCCUGCUGCCUACAGCGCCCACUACACUGCUCCAGUCGCCGCUGCCUAUGCCGCCCCAGCUUAUGCUGGCUAUUCUGGUUAUGCUGCUUACAACCCAGUUGCUUACUCCGGAUACGCUUAUUAAAUCUUUGCGGUUUCAAAGCAAGAUGGGAAACGAGAAGAACUGAUGGGCUAUUUGACUUGACGCUAGCACAUUAUUUAACAACAUCUUAAUAAUGUAUUCUAAGUUCUAAGUUUUAUGCAAUAAAUAAAAUUUAAACAAAAA